AUGAAGCCUCAGUGGGCGUUAUACAUCUUGGCUGCCGCCAGCAGCGGCACGGCACAGUCUUCCUGGCAAGGCGCCUCCAAGAGGCUCUCCAAGGCCUUCAGCCAUCGUCCCGAGGCCCGACAAGCCCAGGCACCAAAGGAGAGGGCAUCGACUACACUCCCUUUGCUACCGACGACGCGCUUCCUUACUGAAGCCACCCAGAAGUUUGCCGUGAAUGGCAGCACCAUCCCCGAUGUCUUGUUUGACAUUGGCGAGUCGUACGCGGGCCUUUUGCCCUUCAGCAACAACACUGAUGACAAGAGGAGCCUCUUCUACUGGUUCUUCCCCACGGCCAAUCCAGAGCACCAAGCAAAAGAGGAGGUUACCAUCUGGCUCAACGGCGGCCCCGGCUGCUCGUCUCUUCUCGGCCUCCUGAAAGAAAACGGCCCCUUCUUGUGGCAAUCUGGCACGCCCGGCCCCCAGCCCAACCCCUGGAGCUGGCACCUUCUCACCAACAUUGUCUACGUCGAGCAGCCCGUUGGCGUCGGCUUUUCCCAGGGCAUGCCGAGCAUCACCAACGAAGACGAGUUGGCCGCCCAGUUCAUGGGCUUCUGGCGCAAUUUUGUAGACCUCUUUGGCCUGCACGGCUGGAAGGUGUACAUCGUGGCCGAGUCUUACGGCGGGUUCUAUGGCCCCUACAUUGCGAGCAACUUUAUCGAUGCCAACGAUACGGACCAUUUCAACGUGGCAGGCCUCAUGGUCUACGACGGAAUCUUCUUCGAUGACAACCUGCAGAUGAACAUCCCUGCGCAGUCGUACAUCGACCGCUACAAGGAGCUGUUUGCGUUGGACGAUGCCGUCAGGGCCCGCGUGGACAGCGUCGCCAACGAGUGCGGCUUUACGUACUACUACAACCAGUAUCUCAUGUUUCCUCCCGCUGGGCCGCAGCCCUACUUCACUCCUGGCGUAUCAAUGCUGCCUGAUGGUACUGUGGUCGUCAACGAAACGUGCUACGACUUGUGGGACUACAUCACAGAUGAGGUGUACAUCAAGAACCCCUGCUUCAACAUCUACAGCAUUACCGACCACUGUCCCACGCCCUUGAACCCCCUUGGAUACAUGCCGUACUUCAACCGCGACGACGUGAAGAAAGCCAUCAAUGCCCCCGAUGCAGUCACUUGGAAACUGUGCAACCAGCAGGUGUUCAAUACGACCGAUGGCCAUGAUACCUCUCCUCCAUCAGGGCUGAAGGAGCUUCCGCAUGUCAUUGACAAGACACAGAAUGUCAUUCUCGCCCAGGGCUCCCUAGAUUGGAUCCUCGUCACAGAGGGCGUCCUUUUGGGGAUCCAGAACAUGACCUGGGGCGGGCAGAUGGGCUUCCAGAACCAGCCCCAUCUUUUACUCCAGGGAACGGUGCAUACGGAGCGAGGACUCACGCUUGUGGCAAUGCAGUUGGCGGGUCAUGAAGGGCCACAGUAUCUCGGCGCCGCGGCGUUUCGACAGCUCGAGAAGCUGUUGGGGAGAGUACAGGCUCUGAACAGCACGGAGCCGUUUACGCUGCCUGCUUUGCGGGACAUUCCGCAGCUGCAAGAGCCGCUGGGAAAGGGAAUUGUGGCUAUCUUUUGA